CAACGUACUCCGUUAACGAUUGAGCAGUGCGCAGAACUAGACAACGGUGGCUUGGAUCCGAAUCUAGGUGUCGUGAAGAGCAUGAUCAAGCAGUUGGAGAAGUCAAAAAUUCGCAUCACUGCGCAUCAGCAUGCUAUUUGA